UAAAUUGAAUUAUUUUUGAAUCUUGGGUGUAUGAAGCAAAGCUAUGUCAAUAAUGAGGUAUUUAUUAAUUGGAGCGGUAUUAUGCACAUGUGCAGGAAGCAUGCCAAGUCUUGAAGACCACCAUAAACUUCUUCUUCUUUCAAUAGAUGGAGUGAGGUAUGUUAGGUGUGGGAUCAAACAGACGAUAUGAAAGGCUUUCGAUAUAUUCAAGAAAAUGGUGUUCGAGCGGAGUACAUGAUACCGGCUUUUCCUUCACACACCUCUCCUUGUCACAUGUCGAUAGCAACUGGAUUGCAUACUGAAUCUCAUGGUGUCGUUCAUAACGGCUAUUAUGAUCUGAAAAACAACAGGACAGGACAAACUGGAUUUCAUGGAACCCUUUUCAUAAGCGAAUGGUUCGAUAAUGGGCAGGAACCUAUUUGGAUUACUGCAUCUUCCCAAGGACUUAAGAGUGGAGGAUACCUAUAUCCAGGUAGUAAUUGUACGUACAAAGGGCGGGUGCCAACAAGAUCAAUUUUAGAUGCGUAUCCAACGAUUCCGACAGAAAAUGACUGGCGAAAGAGAAUAGAUGACGUCAUAUCAUGGUUCAGUGACGAUGACUUCGACUUCAUUGCAUUAUAUUUAGAAGGGUUGGAUGAAAUAAGUCACGAAUUUGGACCAAAUUCGAAAGAAGUUUAUCAUGAGAAGCAAGUGGUCGAUCGAUUUUUACAAUAUAUGUUCAAACAAGUGAAGCUUGCUGGCCUCGAAGAUGAUCUAAAUAUAAUCAUUGUGAGCGAUCAUGGUCAGUUGGACGUCGAAGUGAGCUACGUUGACGAAAAAGGAAUCAAUCUUACCAGAUAUAUCGAUCCAAAUUGGAUAACCUUCGUAUUCAGUUAUGGACCUCUUGGACUUAUAGAGCCAGUUCCCGAGUUUAAAACUAGGGUCUACGAAACCCUUAAAAGUGCACACAGUCACAUGGACGUUUAUUAUAAAGAAGAUAUACCGGAACGAUAUCAUUAUAAAAAUCACGAACGAGUGCCGUCUAUUGUAGUCGUAGCUCAUCCUGGUUAUCAGAUGUAUGAUGAACACCCUGGGUUUGAAGCUUUGGGAGGUGAUCAUGGAUAUGACAAUAGAUUGGAGCUAAUGAGAGCCAUAUAUUACAGUGUCGGACCUUCGUUUAAAAAAGGAGUUCGUAUCACGGAGUUUGAAUCAAUAAAUGUUUAUCCUCUGAUGUGCUAUCUUCUCGGUCUUGAUCCUGCGACAAACAACGGAACACUGGAUAAAUUAUACUCAAUACUAAAAAAAGACGAAGAAGAACGAAAAUUUGAUAUGAAAAAGACUCUGACUAUUUUAGCCUUUACCUGCUUCGUAUUAUAUACUCUUCUUUGAUACCCAUCUUUAAUUUUGCCAUGUUUUACUUCGCUGUGAUGAACUUUUGAUAUAUAUGCUAAAAUAUUUAUUUGGGUAAAGGCCCAGAUAUAUAUCUUGACUUUAAUGAAGACCAUGCCAACAUUAGUCAUAUAUUACCGAGCGUUUUGAUUUAUCACGCAGGUAUAACUCAAUGGCUUGAGAAAUACUUC